AUGGCAAACACGGGCUACACGUCGCCGUUCCCGACGUCCCACGAUACUAUCGGGCAGUCCACACUUGUGACGCCCCUUUUUAUGCCUUCUUCCCCACCGCAGCAGCCCUCUAGCCCAGCCACGGAAGCACCGCAAUCCCCGCAGUCGCCGCAAUUACCACAUUCACCCCAGUCGCCACAGUCACCGCGGUCACCACCACGCCCCGAGAGUCCGGCCUCUGAGCAUUUUGACCCUCACCAAGACGAUGACGAUGAAGAUGAUGCGCAUCCAAGCGAUCACCAAUCGCACCACGAGGAUCAGCUGGAGGAAUUGUCCCGCCCUUCAACUCCGGGAAGCCCUAGCGGUUCCGACUUGGACGCUCGCCUCGCCGAUUACACCCUCGACUUUAGCGCAUUCCCAAGCAGCAAGUUCCUAGAUGGCAAGGAUGGACCACCACUCCCGGAGACAAAGGACGGCGAGCAAGACAAGCUCUCCGAUGUGGGCGGGCCCGAAGACUUUACCGCAAACAUGGAGAGAUACUUGAUGGGCGAGGGAAUGUCGAGCGUCAGAAAAAGCCGGGUCAAUGAUAGCAGUGAGCUGCCGGGGUCAGCAUCACGAUACAAAUCUACGAGGUCGAGACAAGCGGCCGUUGAAGAAGAUGUGGAAGCGGGCGAAAUCAGCGAAUUCGGGCCUCCAGUCGACAUGUCUACACCGUCGCAUUUCUUGCACAGAAACAGCGCGCUUGCAAGGGAUACGACACAACUAGAAGAUAUCGAAGAGGAUCCACAUGAUGAGCUUUCUGCCAUGGCAUCACCAUCCGAGCGCAAACUGUCGAUAACUUCGGAUAACGAGGCAGACAACUUGGAACAGCGCCUGCACCAGCGUAUCAUUGAGCUAGAGGAGGAAGUCCAGAAUCGGGAUGAGCAGCUGCAUAAAAAUCGCAAGCGCGUACUCGAGGCCGUCUCAGCUGUAGAGCAGAUCCGACACCUGCAGGCUGAGCUACAGCUCAAGAAUGAGCAGUUGGACGAGAUUUCUGCGAGGAGUGGAGAUGAAGCGAAACUUCGUGAGCAAAUAGAGGCUCUCCAGCGGCAAAACGAUCAACGGGAGAAGCUGCUCCAGCAAUCCACGGCAAGCCAACCGGACUUCGGAGCCGUGGAACAACAAAUUCGAGACAUGCAAAAACAACUGCAAGACAGGGACUCCCAGAGCUCGCUAGAUGCCGAGCGGUUGGAGACAAUUUCCCACCUGCGACAACAACUGCAUCUCACUCAAGAACAACUGAAGAAGCGCGAUGAAACUUUGGAAGAGACCAUGACCAAGCUCAAAGAAGUCACCCGGGCCAAGGAGGUCCAACUCCAUGAGAAGAACUCUGAGAUUGACAGACUCAAGGGUGAUAUGGACUAUCAAGCACUGGAAAACGAGAGGCUGGAGACCGAACUCGAGCGCGUCAACAGAGAUUAUGAGACGCUCGAAGAUCGUCUGACUGCUUUGGAGACGAAGAGCGGUCCGCUUGAGGAGAGGAAUCACUCCCUCGAGGCAGAUCUCACCCGUGCCCAGUCACAGGUGGAAGCACAAGAAAGUGCCCUGAAAGCCGUAGCAGCAGAUCUGCCCAUCGGUAGUCGCAGCACAUACAGCGAGAUCCUUGAUCUGAUCAAAGAUCUCGGCGGCGAGGACCCAACACCACGAAUCGGAUCUCCUCCAAAGGAAAGGUCAUUUGAUGAUGGUGAUGUGCAACAGCUGGGACAGGAAAUUGCCAAGCUUCAGCAAGAGCUGCAAGAAGCCACUGCGUCGCAGAAAGCUGCGGAUGCCGAGGCUCGCCAGCUUCGCGAACAGCUCUCAGAGACACAGAACCUGAUCAAGGCACUCGAAAAGGAGAACUUGCGCCAUGCCACACGGGUGGAAGAGCUCACCUCCAAUCUUAACAACACUCAACAUGAGUUGACACGCACACAAGAGGAGCACGCUGAAUCUCUCGAGACCAUUGCUCGUCUCCAAGAAGAAGCCCUCGGUCAACCUCCAAGCCCCCCUCCUUCACCACCUCGGACUCGCAGCGCCGACCACGCAGACUCCGCAAGGACAGCAGAAUUGGAAGCAACCCACCAAGCCCAGAUUCGCAGCCUGCAAACCGCCCACUCCACAGCCAUCUCCACCCUCCGCUCCUCCCACGCCGAAUCAAUGCGUAAAAUCCGAAAUCUCCUCACAUCCGCCGAACAGCGAGAAGGAGAAAUCCGCACAGAACUCACAACCAUCCGUACUUCGAUCGCAACGCAAGAAUCACAACUGCGCAAGACAUUCAAGUCUGAAAUCAGACGUCUGGAGGGUGUCAUUGCCGCUAAGGAUGAGACUGCCACAGCUAUGGAUGAGCGUAUCGCGUUGUCUGUGGAUAAGCGGGAACGUGAAUGGGAGCGUCGUGUUGAUCUUCUUCUCAAAGAGCGUGACCGCAUGGCCAAGGCUCUUAUGAUGUAUUGGGGUGAGAAAGAGAUGGGCAAGGGUCCUGGUCCUUUGGCUGAUGGGAAGGAGAGACGUCGACGGGAUGGGGAUGAUGCGGAUGUCAAGCAGGGACAGGCGUACAAAUACAAGUAUUCUCAGAAGCAGCGAUCUAGGACGGGGGAUAAGAAGGUAUAA